UGUGGUCUACAGACCCUGAGUCCCAGAGGAAGAGGACGGUGCAGAAUGUUCUGGACCUCCGGCACAACUUGGAGGAGACCAUGACCAGCCUGCGGGGAGCUCAGCUCAGCCAUAGCUGCCUCGACGUGGGCACCUGCUACGACAGCGACGAGGCCGCCGCCUUCUCCGUGUCCAGCCUGUCCAACCGCUCCUCGCCGUUGUCAUGGCGACAGGGCCAGGCCAGCCCCCGGCUGCAGGCGGGCGACGCCCCCUCGGCCGACCACGCCCGCUCCCACAGCCCCAUCCGCAUCGGCCACACCUCCCGCAUCCAGCUGAUCGAGGAGCUGGACGCGGACCCCUCCUACCUGAAGGGCGGGGGCUACCUCAGCGACAGCGACCUCGUCCAGAAGAAGGCGCCGCAGGACGGCGACGACAUGGACGACAUGGACGACAUGGACGACAUGGACGACAUGGACGAGCUGGGCAACGGUUGGGACGAGAGCAGCUCCAUCAGCAGUGGUUUGAGUGACGGCUCGGACAACCUCAGCUCGGAGGAGUUCAACACCAGCCCCGUCCUCAACUCCCUCCCAACGACUCCUAUUGGCUCCCGCAGGAACUCAGGGGUUGUGCUCCGUACGGACGCAGAGAAGAGGACCCUGCUGGCGGAGAGCGGGCUGUCCUGGGACAGCGAGGACCCCAAGCAGGCCCAGCGCCAGAGCCUGGGCGGCGGGGGGCUCUACGACACGGGCAGCCUCAAGGCGGAGCCGGCCAACAAGUGGAAGAAGGCGCGGCCGGCCGGGGAGGGCCCCGAGGCGGGGCGCGGAGAGCUGCGCCGGCCCCAGACCCUGGGCCAGUCCAACAUGCUGAAGAGGCCCGGGCGCAACCCCCCGGUGGGGGUCACCGCCCCCAUCACGCACACCGCGCCCAGCGGCCUCAAGGGGGCAGGCACGGUGAAGUCAGAGGGGAAGCCGGUGGAUAAGUCUCGGUUAGCGGUGAAGACGGCGGGACUCCAGCGCUCCUCUUCAGACGCUGGAAAAGACCACAGGACCCAUCCCCCCGGCACUGGCGAGCAGAGGAAACCCCCGUCGGGCCUGGUCCGGCCCUCCACCGGGGGGAACUUCGGCUUCAAGAAGCCCGCCGCCGCCGCCGCCGCCGCCCACAACGGCGCACAUCAUCCCAACGGGACGAGCGCAGGUGGGGGCCCCGCCGCCGGGCCCUGCGUGGCAAAGACCCCCAAGACGUCUGGUAUCCCCGUCAAGCCGGUGACCGGCAGCAGCCGGAAGACCAGCCUGGACGUCCUGAGCGGGGACCCGAGCGGCUUCCUGUCCCCCGGCGCCCGGGGCUCCCUCCAGUACCGCUCGCUGCCCCGCCCCGCCAAGACCAGCACCCUCACCCUCACGCGGCCCAGCUCCGCCCGGCCCAUCAGCACCACCAUGGACCCCGGCUCGGGGCCGGCCAAGCCGUCCCCCGGGGCCCCCCAGGGCUCCCGGCUCAAGGAGCCCGCCUCGGGCAUGGGCCCCGGGGGCAUGGGCCCCGGGGGCAUGGGCCCCGGGGGCCCGGGGCUGGGGAGGCCCGGGGGCCGGGGGAUCCACAGCCCGGUCAACCAGACGGACCGCGAGAAGGAGAAGGAGAGGGCCAAGGCCAAGGCGGUGGUGUCGGACUCAGAGUGCGGAGGAGGGGGGUCCCUGAAGGGCAGCCCCGCCCAGACCCCCCUGGAGAACGGGGGAGGGAAGCCGCCGGGUCUGAGGCCCCCCAGCGGCAAAACGAGUGCCGACCUGCCCUCGCCGAGCACACACAGACCGCCCGGCGCCCGCAGCCUGGGGAAGCCGCCCUCCACGGACAAGCUGAGCUGCAGCAGCGUGGAGGUGGGGAUGGGCAUCCAGGACCAGCUGCCCCCGAAGAUCCCCCCCUACUCCAAGCUCCAGGAUCUGGUCAGCUCCACGGGGGCCCUCCCCAGCCCCUGCCUGACCCCCAGUCCGGCCCCCGUGCUCAACGUCAACUCCUCCGCCUGCUUCUCCAGCUCGGGCAUCGGCCUGGGUCCCCGGCAGCUCUCCUCACUCGGGGUGGGGGGCAGCAGCACCACCUCCUCCCCCACCCUGGUCUACCCACGCAUCUCGGGCCUGCACCGCAGCAUGGAGUCCCUGUCCCUGCAGAUGAGCCUGGCCCCGGAGCCCCACAAGCGGGAGAAGGAGAGGGAGCACGUGCCGGAAGGCUACCCGCCGAUGGAGCUCAUGGUCAGGGAUAGACAGACAGAGACGCCCCCGCCCGCUAGCUGGAGCUCCGGGAGCACGGUCUCACUGACGCUCGCAGAAUGCUCUUCCCAGAGAGACAGAAACACACUUCCAAAGAAAGGCCUGAGUUUCCACGGCGCCCCUCUGGGCGAGGAGGACGGGAAGGAGAGGGGGGAGCGGAGGCACUCCCACGUGGUCAUGAGCAUGACGGACUCCCUCACCCCCCCCAUGCUGUCUUCACCCACCUCCCUCCCCCGCACGUCCAGGACGACCAUGGUGGCCCAGAGUCCCAUCGGCAGCGGAGGCCCCCCGCGGAUGACGCGCUCCAACAGCAUCCCGGCGCAGGACGCCUCCCUGGAGCUGUACGGGGCGUCCCCACUCGGCAGCACCCUGUCUCUGGCCGAGCGCCCCCGCAGCAUGGGAAUGGUCCGGUCCGGCUCCUUUAGGGACAGAGAGUCCAACGACGAAGUCCAUGGCUCCGUCCUCUCCCUGGCCUCCAACGCCUCGUCAAGCUACUCCUCGGCUGAGGAAAGAAUUCAAGGAGAGCAGAUCCGUAAGCUGCGUCGAGAGCUGGAGUCGUCCCAGGAGAAGGUGGCCAACCUGACGACGCAGUUGACUGCAAAUGCAAAUCUGGUGGCAGCCUUCGAGCAGAGCUUGGCGCUGAUGACCACUCGGCUGCAGAGUCUAUCAGUCAGCCACGAGCAAAAGGACACAGAGCUGCUGGACCUGAGGGAGACCAUCGAGUCUCUGAAGUCCAAGAACGACGAGGCGCAGGCCGUCAUGCACGGAGCGCUGAACCACCCCGACAACCAAGAUGUGCGCAUGCACCGUCAGAACUCGUGUGAGAGCAUCUCCAGCCUCAACAGCCUCAGCAGCCUCUCCAGCCUGGGCAGCCUGAAGGAGCAGGAGGCCAAGAAGAAGAAGAAGAAGAGCUGGCUGAGGAGCUCCUUCGGCAAGGCGUUCAGCAUCAAGAAGGGAGGCAAGACGUACUCGGACAUCGAGGAGAUCGCCACCCCGGACUCCUCGGCGCCCAACUCCCCCAAGAUGGGGCACGAGGGCAGUGAGGGGGGUGACAGCCCGUCCCUGAGGCACUCCAUCUCCGCCACCUCCUCUGUAACCCGAGGAGGGGGAGGGGGAGGGGAGGGCGAGGAGAGGGUCGUGUCGGAACUCCGCUCGGAACUCUGGGAGAAAGAGAGGAAGUUGACGGACAUCCGACUAGAGGCACUAAGCUCCGCCCACCAGCUGGAGCAGCUGCGGGACGCCAUGAACAACAUGCAGUCCACAGUGGAGAACCUGAAGGCAGAGAAUGACCAUUUGAAAACAGGAAGCGUCCUCCAACUUCCUGGCUCCGGACCCACCACCUCCACCUCCCAGCCCUCGGGAUUGGCCUCUCUCCUGGGGCCCUCGUCAAGGCAGCCAAUGAGCUUGUCUCUGACUAAGUCCUUCAGCCUCAGUCUGAAUGAUUGUAAAGAUCCAGUGUCUUCAGUGGAGGUGACCAGUGAGUCUUUCCUCCGGGAUGAGACCAGUGUUCAGGUGCUGGUGCACAUCAGCGAUCAGGUCGAGGAUAGCAAACAGCAGGACUACUACCUGGGCUCAGUGACCGUGGACGGACGGACAGACUGGACCAGUCUGGACGCGCUCAUAGCCAAGACCUUCCGGGACUAUCUGAUGCAAGUGGAUCCAACUGCCAGCCUGGGUCUGUCCUGUGAUUCGCUGCACAGCUACCAGCUGACCGAGGAUGGGCAGCGUGUGAUUGGCGGAGACAAGCCUGCACUCUCCCCCUCACGUUGCCUAGUGAAUAGUCCAUCUCGUAUCCUGGUAACCUUGAAAGGCCUGAGGGAGAAGUGUGUGGACUCCCUGGUGUUCGAGACGAUGAUCCCCAAGCCCAUGACGCAGCACUACAUCAGCCUGCUGCUGAAGCACCGCCGCUUGGUGAUGUCCGGGCCCAGCGGCACAGGGAAGACCUACCUGGCCCAGCGCCUGGCCCAGUACGCGCUGCAGCGCAGCCGGCCCGGGACCCCCGACGCCGGCGCCGACCCCGGGACCCCGGUGCCCGGACACAGCCCCACUGUCAACUUCAACAUGCACCGCCAGUCCAACAAGGAGCUGCAAUUGUAUCUGUCCGACCUGGCCAAUCAGAUUGACCGAGAGAGCGGCGGAGAGAUGCCAUUGGCCAUUGUCAUCGAUGACAUCAGCGACGCAACAACCAUUAGUGAGCUGAUCAACGGAGCGCUGACCUGCAAGUAUCACAAAUGUCCAUACAUCAUCGGAACAACCAAUCAGCCAGUAAAGAUGGGCUCCAACCACGGACUCCAUCUCAGCUUCAGGAUGGUGACCUUCUCCAACAACGUGGAGCCCGCCAAUGGCUUCCUGGUCAGGUACCUGCACCGGAAGGCGGUGGAGGCCAAGCAGAAGGAGAAGGUCCACGACCCCGCCGGCCACCAGGCCCUCCUCAGCGUGCUGGACUGGGUCCCCCAGCUGUGGUACCACCUGCACACCUUCCUCGAGAAACACAGCACUUCAGACUUCCUCAUAGGUCCUUGCUUCUUCCUGUCGUGCCCAGUGACGGUCGCAGAGUUCAGGCCGUGGUUCAUCGACCUCUGGAACCAGUCCAUCAUACCGUACCUGCAGGAGGGGGCUAGGGACGGCAGCAAGGUUCAUGGUCAGAAGGCUGUGUGGGAGGACCCUGUGGACUGGGUGAGAGGGACUCUGCCCUGGCCCAACGCCCAGCAGGACCAGUCCAGACUCUUCCAUCUACCUCCCCCUACCGUGGGCCCAUCCACAGAGGAGAAGAGGCCCCCGAAGGAAACACCUCCCCUCAGCACGCUAGAGUCCGACCCACUGAUGGCCAUGCUGCUGAAGCUCCAGGAGUCGGCCAACUUCAUUGAGUCUCCAGAACGGGACUGCACCCUGGACCCCAGCUUCCAGACCACACUGUGAA